GCUGAAUCUGACCGAAAAUUUACACACCAGGCAUGAUAGCGUUUGUGAAUGUGCUACUGAAGCAGCUGAUGGGGCAUCCAGGAAGAGAUGCGUCGCCGCCCAGCGCGUCCUCAUGCAGCAGCGCCGCUUCCGGUCCGGCUUCUUCAAAUAAUUAUUCAGCGGCCGACAAUCUCGCGGCUCCGUGUCGAUGUGGUCAGUCGAAUAGGAGACACCGAGUGGGCGUGUGCUGGUGUUUGGAUGGAGCCGGUAGCCGCCGCAUCUGGCAGUGAUAAUGUCCCGGGCAGCGUCGUCGUCCUGUAUUCCCUCUUUUCCCGGCCGCUGGUGGAGAAAAAUCCCAGUAUGCAGGGUGCCGCCGUCGUUACCGACUGUGAUUGUUGCUGUUACAUUAGAGCAGCUUCGAAGCGCAUUCGACAGCGCCAUAUCCGGCAGAUGGUGGUGGUGGGGCGUGACGUGGGGAUCUCGCUGCGGCUGGACAAAUCACUCUGCACCUCUUCCACGUCGGCACCAUGCAGCACCUCCAGGAUCUGACCGUCAAGCCGCUCUCCGCACUGGUCACCGGUAAGCGUCCGUUGGGUAUCUUGCUGCCUGAGUUGCUGGUGCGCAAAUCACCAUGUCGGCAUCCUGUCGGCACCACCACCAGCGUCGUCAUCUCUGCCCUCCUCCCCGCGGGCCCCUAUAUCUGCGCUGUCUGUGGUGUUGUGUGUUCCUCGGAAACCGCUACACCUUGAAUUGCCAUGAUUCUAAUCCCAGACCUUUGUUUACCGCUUUCAGUUCGGUGUUUUCACAAUUCACGGUGUUCUUCUGUUGGCAUUCCGUCUUUGCUUCUGUUUUUGAUUGUUACUGUAUCUGUAUUUGAUUUUACUACAGUAAUUUUAUAUUUUUUAAUGGGAUUUCUUUAAUUUGCGCUGUCAUUUUUUCAGAUUUACUUUCUAUGGAUUUGCGAAUUUAUAAUUGGUGUAUAAUGGGACUUUAGUGUGUUUCCCUUGACAUUUCAAUAAUUUUAAUUAG